AUGGCUAACCUUCAUCUGAGUGUCAUAGCUGUGGUCCUUUUCUUUAACCUUCCUGGAUCAGCGAGAGCAAAGUCCCAGUGGAUUCUUGAAACACAUCACCAUUCAGACUGCUGGUGGCAAGGGGAGUUCUUGCUGAACUGUUCUUUUACCAGAAUAUCAACUAUCCCAGAAGCUAUAUCACAAACAGCAACAACAGCUGACUUUAGUUACAAUAAUAUUAGAACUUUUCUGUGCACUGAUGAAAGAAAUGAAAAAUGGAUGCUAAAACACCUGAACCUCAGUAACAACCUGAUUUCUGAACUCUCCUUAACUACUUGUACGUAUUUACCUGUCUUAGAAACCUUAAACCUCAAUGGUAAUGCCAUCCACACCCUCACACUGGACACACCUAUGCCUGCACGUGGCUCUACAACACACAGAAAAGUUGAUCAUCUCCUGCCUGCUUUGAAAAUACUGUCAGUCGAAAGAAAUAAUCUUAAUACAGUUCCAAGAGGACUGGGCCUGCUGCAAUCUUUACAAACUGUCCGUAUGGCAUCCAAUAGCAUACGACAGAUCGAGCCACAGGAUUUUCAGAACUGUUCACAGCUGAAGGACAUUGACCUGCAGAACAACAACAAGAUAACUAAAAUUCAUCCAGAUGCCUUCAGGGAUCUCAACAAAUUACAGGUCGUAAAGCAGUAUAACCACUAUUUCAAUGUUCUAAUCACCAUUAAAGAUAUUAAUUACAAUAUUCAGCAUGAUUAUAUUGCUCUGAUUAUUAUAUUAGUAUACAAUUAUAAAAAUGAAAGCAAAUGGGACAGUGUGUUGCUCAAGACGGCCCUAAUCCCAACAGGGAGCACAUCAGUGCUGAACUGUAACUUGGACAACACAAGGGGCAAUGGAGUCUCCUGGUGGACACCUAAAGGCAGAAUUUCAGAAAAUCAUAGUCUUCCUCAUAUGACACUGGAUAAAAUGAAUAAUUUAGUGAUACACAAUGCUGAGAAAACUGCUGAAGGAAUAUAUUUGUGUAUUUUUAAUACAACAAAGGAGAACUAUCUCAUUUACAAUCUACAGGUGAAAGAGAGGGUUUCAGCAUCUCUGGUUAGAAAAGCCCGGGACACUAACAGUGUUUUUAGACAAGGAAGAACAGAGUCAGACCUUGCACUGGCUGUCUCCCUCUCAGUGCUCAUUACAUUUGUUUGUGCAUUUUGUCUGGGUGCUUUUGCUAGACCCUACCUGGUGAGCCUGUGGAGACUCAUGCACGGGAAUAAAAAUUCAGGUUCAAACCAAAUAUACACAGACACGUGUCCUACAGAAUCUUCUACUUUGCAUGAAAGAGUCACUUCUAGUGGUGUACAUCCACUAAAUCCUGAAGCAGAGCAUCAGAACCCCAGCAACAUGAAGAAAAAAUCACUAUUUUCAGAUAUCAAAACUAAUAUUGACCAUUAUCAAAAUGCAAAUGCUGAUGAUAAUGGACUAUUUUCUGUAAGGACAGAUUACCAGAAUAGCAAUGAAGUAACACCAAGACAAUCAAUGAGUAAUGACAUUGCAUUAUGGAAAGAUUCAACAUAUGCAAAGAACAAACACUCAGAGAAGAACAGGUUCCCUCCCAUACCCAGAAGACUGAAUGCUGACCCUUACUCAAAUCACACCAACUCUUCAGAUUCAGAUUUAGCCUUCAUGGGAGAAACCAACUCUCCGUUUUCCACAACACAAACACGUACAGUUGCACAAGACUCUAGAAACAGCAGAGUAAGCAACAACUCUGGUCUGGAACAUUCUGAGAUGACAAAGGCUACACCAGAUUCUCCAGAAAGAAAAGAUAUUGUUUCACAUAAUGAACCCAUGCACACUACAAAAUUUAAGCAUGAAAGGCAAAGCCGUGAUGAACAACUUGGUCUAAACAGCAACACAAAUAUGACUAGUGAUGUGGGACGUGUUAUUUUACCCAGUAACUCCAGAAGAGAUACAGAUAUUGAGCACACAAAUAUGACUAGUGAUGUGGGAGAUGUUAUUUUACCCAAUAACUCCAGAAGAGAUACAGAUAUUGAGAAUUCAAGCACCUAUUUAACAGUAGAAGGCUCUCCCUUUAGUGAGUAUGACUGUGAAAGGGUAUGUACAAAUGAAACCAAUGCUUCUGCAGAUGUAUUUGGUGACAGUUCUUCAGACGAAGGGACUCUAUUCACAAUGAGUGACUGUAGUUCUUUAGCAGAUUCUGAACUGGAACAACCUGUAGUUAGUGACAACAUGCCAGUCUGUCAGCUGUCACUAGAGGAAGCUGAUGCUAACAGUGAAACUGUGGAGCUCUCAACACCACCAGAGUCUCCAAACAUUGUGGCUGAACUUCAGUAUACUGGGGAAAAUGAAGAUGAGAACAGUGCAUAUUAUGAAACCAUUAUUAAUCAUGGGUCAGAUGCCACCACAGCUGAACCAGCAUCCCCUUAUGCUGAUAAAUGCAGUGACCAUGUAAGCAUGUCAGAUCCAGACACAGUUAGUUCUUCAAGUCAAGAAGUUCCAGGUAAGUUGGAUUAUUUUACUAAUGCAGAGUCAACGCUACAAACCCCUGAUUCUGAUUCUCUCCACAAUCAAAGUACAGACUUUGGUAACAUGGUAGAACAUUCUCCCACAUAUGACACAGACAUAGAGGAAAGUCCUGAAGAGGCUGAAAUGCAGCUGUAUCAGCUUCCCACUGACCCACAGCAUUCCCUCAGCUUCAGUGCCACUGAACAAAAAGAAAAUGCACCAGAGGAGAAUACAGAUGAGCACAUAGCCAGGAACUCCUCUGAAAAGAAUAGUGGUGAAGCAUUAAGGAGAACAUUAAGAAGAAACAUGAGUACAUCUGAGGACAAUGACUUUAUUUUUGCUCCCUUUGAUACUGACUUGAAUGAAAUUGUUAAAAACACAUCGCUGCUGCAUUCCAACGAUGAAUCAUCUCUUCAGUCUCUGCCUGAACGCACAGCUGAAAAACAUUUUAGGCUUAUUACACAGCAAGAUGACUUGCUACCACAGGGGAAGGAGGGGAACACAACUAAGGCUUGGGCAGAUAAAAUGCACAGAGGUUUUGAGGAGGAAAACUGUGAUGGAUACACAGAAAUACAGGACACCAGCAAAUGCAGUCCACCUGAAGAAACACAGCCUUGUAAUCUUACAGCAGAUCUGCUGCAGCUUUGCACUUCUGGGAAAACACAGGCAGGUUUCACAAUAGAUGAUCAUUUCCAACUGGAUCAGAGUGACGAGGAUACAAACUCCUUCUCAGUCCCACAAGAUUUCUUCAGUGAAAGCACACGAUACAGUUCACAUUCAUUCCCACAAAAGCCUGCAGGAAAUACAAUCUCUGAUUCCAGCAAGACAGAGGAUGAUAUUACUACAACGGAACUGGAGAACAAUUCUACAACGGCUGGAGAACACCUCCAAAAUUCCAGCGAAGCUCUCAAUCAAAAAAGUCAGACGAAUUUAAGACGGGACCAGUUUUUUGUUAAGAAGAAAAGAGCAUUUGAUGGAUUUGCUAAUAUUUUGCAAAGCAGGACAACAAACUUCGAUAGCUGA